AUGAUUGUUGACUGUGAGAGCAGCCAGAGGGUGUACGAGUCGCGUGACAUGGGGAAAACGUGGACGGAGGCCAUCGGGACGCUUCCAGGCGUGUGGGUCAACUCACAAUUGGAAGACUCCAAGAAAGGAAGCCUGCAUGUGGAGGCCCUCAUCACCGCGACCAUUGAGGGCAGGAAGGUCAUGCUGUACAUUCAGAGAGGGUACGCCUCGGGGGAGAAAAGGGCCACUGCGCUCUACCUUUGGGUCACGGACAACAACCGCUCUUUUUCCCUUGGACCGGUUGUUACGGAGAAUGCUGUGGGGCUGGAGUUCGCCAGCGCCCUGCUGUACUCGGAUGGGAGGUUGCAUCUUUUACAACAGAGGGACAACGAUAAAGGCCGUGUCAUUUCACUUUCCCGUCUGACGGAGGAACUGAAGAAAAUCAAUUCCGUCCUCAGCACUUGGGCGCAAAAGGACGUUUUCUUCUCCAACUUGUCAAUACCCACGGCGGGUCUGGUGGCAGUUUUGUCCAACACGGCUAGCGGUGACACGUGGAGCGACGAGUACCUUUGCCUGAAUGCAACGGUGACGAACGCCACGAAGGUCGAGGAUGGGUUGAAAUUGACGGAGCCUGACUCCGGGGUAAUGUGGCCUGUGAGCAUUCCGGGUGAUAAUGUGCGUCAUGUAUCCUUGAGCCACAACUUCACACUUGUGGCGUCGGUGAUUAUUGAAGAGGCUCCGAGUAAUAACACUCCUCUACUGGGUGCGAUGUUGGGGGACACUAAAUCCACGCAUACCAUGGGAAUCUUGUAUACCGCGGAUAAAAAGUGGGAGACGAUAUUCAACGACAAUACGACAGAAAGUGGCACUUGGGAGUCGGGGAAAGAAUACCAAGUGGCACUCAUGCUGCAAGGCAAAAAGGCCUCUGUGUACAUUGACGGCAAUUUGCUGGGGGAAGAAGUGCUGUUCACAAAUAAGAGGCCACUUGAGCUCGCAUACUUUUGCUUUGGCGCGUGCAAAAUGCACAACUCUCCUGUGACAGUGAAGAACGUCUUUCUGUACAACCGCCCACUGAAUCCCACUGAGAUGACUGCAAUCAAGGAAAGGAAACCCGUUCCAAAGAGAGCUCCGGAACCACAAGCAGGAGGUGUUCCUCAAACCAUCGCAUCUGCUGUGUCUGGCCCAGAGAAAAAUUCCGCAGCUCCAGCGGUGCCCAUGAAAUUGGACUCCCAUGCAGUUGAAGAAGCGAGCGAGGGUGGAGCGGCAAAGAGGAAUGCCUCUUGGAAUGAGGGUGCACAAUUCGUUGUGCCAGAGGUGAGCUUGAAUUCUGCUGGGAGCGGACUGCUGCCAUCGCUGCUUCUGCUUCUGUUGGGACUGUGGGGUUUUGCGGCUCUGUGA